AUGGACACUAAACUCGAUGGCGCCUCCAUCGCGCGUGUUUCCCUACAUGACCCCUCUCACUUUAGCAUUCAGUACUCCCAAACCCUCCACCGCCUGGUCCUCCUGCAGCACUGGGACAUUGCUCCUAACUCCAAGGUGGUAGAGCUAGGAUGCGGGCAGGGGGACUGCACGACUGUCCUUGCCACUGCCGUGGGCGAACAGGGCAAAGUGGUGGCGGUUGAUCCAGCGGAAUUGGAUUAUGGUGCCCCGUAUACUCUCGGCCAAGCGCAGAGCCAUAUCUCUCAAGGCCCCCUGGGUGGGCGGAUUACAUGGGUCCAACAAUCCCCUUUAGAAUACCUCUCCUCUCUGUGCCCACCCUCUUCCACCGCUUCUGCCUUCUCGCCCCCCGCUCGCGAAAGUAAGGCCUUUGACGCAACAGUGCUCGCCCACUGCCUAUGGUACUUCAGCGCCCCCUCGCUCAUCCUUUCCACCUUCCGUGUUAUCAAGCAUCACAGCAAGCGUCUCUGUCUUGCUGAGUGGUCGUUAGUAGCGACACAUCCUUCUGCCCAGCCUCACGUAUUGGCUGCUCUUACUCAGGCAGCGCUGGAGUGCCGUCGCGAGAUCAGCGACUCGAAUGUCCGCACAGUGCUAGGGCCAAAGCGGCUCACCGAGCUGGCCCUGGCUGCCGGGUGGCAGCUUGAGAGUGAAACCCUCAUUCAAGCUGGGGAGGGGUUGUUGGACGGGCAAUGGGAAGUUUCUGCUUGUCUUUCUUCUUCUUUUGAAAGGAAAGUAGAGGAGCAGGUGAGUGAUGAGAGGGAGCGGGCGGUUGUUCUUGCAUUACGGGAUGCGUGUGAGGCGAGCUUGGAAGGUAUAAAGAAGGGUCGAAGAGGAGUGAGGGCUAUGGACGUGUGGGUUGCGAAUUUCAUCUGA